CACUCGAAUUUUUUACUCGGCAUUUAAUGAGCUACAAAACGCAAUUUCAUUGACGGCUUGAUUCUCCUUACCAUCUUCCACAACACAAAAGAUGCAUGUCCUCAUUGCUGGCGCAGGUGUUGGCGGCCUGAGCUUGGCUCAGAGUCUGCGCAAGCAAAACAUAUCCUUCGAGAUCUUCGAGCGUGAUUCUGACGCGGAUGCCCGUUUCCAAGGAUGGGCCAUAGCGAUUCAUUCCAUUGUCGAUACGCUCCUAGCCGUGCUUCCAGAGGACAUGCCUGAUUUAAGGGCUUCGACAGACCACUUAGUACCGCUUGAGCUAUCGGCCCAAUUAAGCAUGUACUUGCCGGGAAGAGAAGAUCGCUGGGGGUUUCAGGACUCAGCAGAUUUUCCAUUCAUCCGCGCAGAGCGUCGCCGCCUUCGAAACUGGCUGAUGACUAAAAUUCCGGUGCAAUGGGGCAAACGUCUUGAGAGCUUCGAACACGACGAUCAUGGAGUCACAGUGCGAUUUACGGAUGGCAGCACUGCCAAGGGCGACCUAUUGAUCGCUGGCGACGGCAUUAACAGUGUAGUCCGGGAGCAACUCCUUCAUCGCAAGGCCAUUGAGCUUCUCAAAGUCGUUCCUCUGGCCACCAUUGUCGGAGAGCUAGAACUUUCGGGCGAGGAGAUGAAGAAACAACUCGCACUCGGUCACAGUGGAUACAUGCUCAUUCGGCCAGAUCUUGGUUUCAUUGGUUUCGCAGGGCUGCAUUAUGUCCAACCCGACGGACUCUCGGCUCGCUACUACUGGAAUUUCCUGGAAACCGACGCUGGCAUUGGCCAACCCGGCCACUGGUUACAGAACGCCAGUCAACAGGAAAAGUUGAACCACGUACUCGAGAACACGCGGAAGCUGUCGCCUAAAUUCCGCACGAUUUUCGAGACGACAAAGGCGGAGCAUAUUCAGAAGGAAACCCGCGUCUGGCGAGACCUUGAGCUGGACCCUGCCCAAGUCCCAGCUUGCCGGGUAAUUCUGAUGGGCGAUGCCGCACAUGCCAUGGUGCCUUUUCGAGGAGAAGGUGGCUAUCACACCCUCGUCGACACGAUUGUGUUGAGCAAAGUGCUUGGUGAUCUGGCCAGCAGCGGUGACUACAAGGAUAUUCACAAGGUCAAGAACGCCGUCGCCUCUUUCACCGGGGCCAUGCUUAAACGAGCCGGACAGGCAGUGCGAGAUUCCAGGAACUUGCACACUGACGCACAGCGAUUUGGUCCGGAUGGUAAGCCUUUGGCCUUGAAGAUUGUGCCUUUGCCGGACACCAAGAUCAGACUUGGAACUGUGUCAGUUUGAUCUCGCCCGUGUUAAGGUUGUUUCGAAGUCAAGCUUAGGCUUGGGUCGGCUUGAUCUCUGCCUUUAAUUUAUCGGAGCUUAUUGUCAUGUUAUUCUUCCGCUGCGUAUGAUCAGAGUUGAGGUGGAAACGCUUCUCGAAGACCUAAUUGGUAGUCGGCUAUAAAAUCACCUCUUCCUAGCCAAAUUUCAUCGUAGAUUUUGCUUGCUCUCUUCUUUCCAUCAAUAUUCCACCCAGUCCUCCAGAGAGGCUCCAUGAAGUUGUAGCAUUACCUUUC